AUCAUUAUUCUGGAGUAUUUUUCAUAAAGAAUAAUUGUAUACACUAGGCUAAUAUAAAAUGGCUACUAUAGCUACCAGGUGAGGACAGUUGAAGGUAGCUUAAAAAUUAAUGCUAGCUAGAUAAAAUAAUUGUAUCCUUUAGACAACACACCAGGUAAUUAGCUAAUUAAGUAAAAUAAAUUAGUUCAUCUAGCUAGUUAGCUAGCUACUGCUGCUUGUUGAAGGGUUAGCAGCACUGCUAACAUCACUAGUUAGCUAACUUAGCUAGUUAACUAAUUUAGCCGGCUAGCUUGGUUAACUAGCUAACAACCUAGCUAGCUCUCUAGUAAGUUAGAGCUUAGCUAACUCUAGCUAAUUAGCUUAGGCAUUUUAGCAGUGUUGAGAGAAUAGUUAGGUUUUUUAGCAUGUAAGAGAGCAACUAUUUAGACUGUUGUGUAGUAAAACGCUUUUAAGACAUUCCCAGGAGUUUUUUUUAAUGACAAUUUUAUGUAAAAAAAUAUAUAAGCUAGCUAUAUUACCUUAUUUCCACAGGUUAAAUAAAUUGACUGAUUUGCAAUCAACUCCUCUACGAUAUUAGGUUGUGCACAGACAGAGGUGCUAUAAAACAAAUGCCUUUAAAUGAUGUGAAACUGUGACUUUAGAAGAUGGCAGAGUGUGAGGACUUCACUUUACCACUAGACAGCCUGUUCUUUGUCAAGCCAGUGGUUCAUAAAGUGAACCCAUUAUGUCAGGAGCAGAAUGUAUGGCAGCUUGAUGCUCCACCAUCCGUUUCAGAAAUACCAGCAACCCAAGCCAUACAGAAAGAGGCAGAAUGCAUGUCUUCAGUUGGUUGCUCUCAGAAGAUAAGAAAGUUCUUGCCCCCUUUCCAAAGACCCUUUGUCAGUGCUGGAGUCCAAGAUCAAAUACAGGCAGAUGAAACAGGAAGCCAUGAGAUGUUGAGGAUGCAGACGUCUCAAACACCUUCAGCUAGAAAAUGCAGCAAUCAUGCCUUCCCUGGUACACAGGAAUUUGAUAUCACUGUGAAAACCAGACCAUGUCAUCCCACUGCCACUCCACUAUUUAAGACUCGGCUGUUCAAGCCCCCCAUGAGAAUGGACUUAAAAAGCUUCAGUAUCUCAAGUCAAACAAACUCCUCAGUGGAUGACCACAGCCUCAGUGGGGUCGCUAUGGUAACUGAGCAUCCUCCAGCAGCGCACGCUAUUGCUACCUGUAGCCCCUUCCUGGAUCCAGGCCAGAUUGAGGAAUGCAAUUCUCCACAACAAAAGCACGACUCUGGUGUGAAAAAAGCUCAUGUCCUCCCUUUGACACCCAAGCCCAUUCAUAUACAAGGACCAUCUGGACCAGAGAUGCUUCGUCCAGUUGCUGAAAUUUCUGCUAAAUUUAGAGGUGUCUUCAAAGAGUUCCCCUACUUCAACUAUGUUCAGUCCAAAGCUCUGGAUGAUAUCCUGUACACCAGUAAGAACUUUGUUGCAUGUGCUCCCACUGGCUCAGGGAAGACUGUGCUCUUUGAGUUGGCUAUUAUUCGACUGCUCAUGGAGACUACAGAACCCUGGCACAAUGUUAAAGCUGUCUACAUGGCACCAAUUAAAGCCCUUUGCAGUCAGCAGUAUGAGAACUGGAAGCUGAAAUUUGGACCUCUAGGACUUAAUUGCAAAGAAUUGACUGGAGACACUGAGAUAGAGGAUGUUUUUGAGAUCCAGGAUGCUCAUCUUAUCAUGACAACACCAGAAAAAUGGGACAGUAUGACGAGGAAGUGGAAGAAUAACUGUCUCUUGCAGUCAGUUCAGCUGUUCCUCAUUGAUGAGGUGCAUGUGGUGAAAGACUCAACUCGAGGUCCUACCCUGGAGGUUGUGGUCAGCAGAAUGAAAACCAUACACUCUUACACCGUAGCUGAAAGUCCAGACGCUUCAACCCGCAUGAGAUUUGUUGCUGUCUCUGCCACCAUCCCUAACAUAUGUGACAUAGCUGAUUGGUUAUCAAAUGACCAGGGCCCGGCCACAUGUUUGGAGAUGGAUGAGAGUCACAGGCCUGUGAAACUGAGGAAGGUUGUCCUGGGAUUCCCAUUUGGAAACAGCCAAAAUGAAUUCAAGUUUGACCUCUCUCUGAACUACAAAAUGGCCAGUGUUAUUCAGACCUACUCUGAUCAGAAGCCCACACUGGUGUUUUGCUCCACGAGGAAAGGAGUUCAGCAGUCUGCUACAGUGCUCGCCAAGGAUGCCAGAUUCAUAAUGAGUAUUGAUCACAGACAGCGGUUAAUGAAAUAUGCCAGCUCUAUUCUGGAUGCAAAACUCAGGGAUCUAAUUAUGUGUGGUGUUGGAUAUCACCAUGCUGGCGUCAGUUUGUCAGACAGGAAGGUGGUCGAGGACGCAUUUACUGCUGGUGACUUACCUGUCCUCUUUACUACCAGCACUUUGGCAAUGGGUGUGAACCUGCCAGCUCACCUGGUGGUGAUCAAGUCUACGAUGCACUAUGCUGGGGGGUCGUGUGAGGAGUACAGCGAGGCUGACAUGCUCCAGAUGAUUGGCAGAGCAGGCAGACCACAGUUUGAUACCUCAGCCACUGCUGUGAUCAUGACCAGAAUUCAGAACCGAGAGAAGUAUUUGCAGUUCAUCAGCGGAUCAGAGACAAUAGAGAGCAGCUUGCAUACAAACUUGGUGGAGCACUUGAAUGCUGAGAUUGUUCUUCACACCAUCUCUGACGUGAACAUGGCUCUAGACUGGAUCCGUUCCACUUUUCUCUAUAUACGGGCCUUGAAGAAUCCCACACAUUAUGGGUUUUCCAGUGAGCUUGACAAAUGUGGAAUUGAGACCAAACUGCAAGAACUUUGUUUAAAAAACCUGAACUCCCUGGCCUCAUAUCAGUUAAUCACAAUGGAUGAAGACAUAAACAUCAAGCCCACAGAGAGUGGAAAGCUCAUGGCUCGGUACUGUGUUGCAUUUGACACAAUGAAGCAGUUCAGUAAACUGACCGGUACAGAAAAUUUGGCAGAGCUGAUUGAAAUGAUGUCAAAAGGGAAGGAGUUUAGUGAUGUUCAGCUGAGAGUAAAUGAGAAGAGAACGCUGAACACACUGAACAUAGAUAAGAACCGAGUCACCAUCAGGUAUCCCAUGGAAGGAAAGAUCAAAAGUAAGGACAUGAAAGUUAACUGUUUGAUCCAAGCUCAGCUGGGAAACCUUCCAAUUCAGGAGUUUGGACUGACGCAGGACACGGGGAAGAUAUUCAGGAGCGGAGUCCGAAUUAGCAAAUGCCUGGCAGAAUUUCUCAGUCAUCACUCCAAGCAGAAUUUCUCCGCUCAGCUCAACUCCCUGAUUUUGGCAAAGUGCUUCAGAGCCAAGCUGUGGGAAGAUUCUCCCUAUGUGUCCAAGCAGCUGGAUAAGAUAGGCUUAUCUCUAGCGACUGCAAUGGUGAACGCAGGGCUGACGUCCUUCAGCAAGAUUGAAGCUACCAAUCCCAGAGAACUGGAGCUGAUCGUAAAUCGACACCCUCCAUUUGGAAACCAGAUCAAAGAAGCCGUCAGCAAACUUCCAAAAUAUGAAAUUCGCCUGGAACAGCUUCCAAAAUACAGUGUCUCUACAGCAGAGAUUCUUGUCACAGUGAACCUGAAGAACUUUGAGGAACUUCUUACAAAAAGAACUGCACCAGACCACCAUUAUGUGACCCUCAUUAUCGGGGAUUGUGACAACAAUGUAGUCUUCCAGCAGAAGAUACAAGACACUGUGCUUCUUAAGUCUGGGAGCUGGUCCAGGAAGAUUGAAGUUACAAGAACAUCUCAGGAAGACAAGAUCAGCAUCAAUUUGAUAAGCUCUGAAUACGUGGGACUGGAUAUCCAGCAGACAUUCACUGCUUUCUAUUAUGGAGCGAAGACAUUCAGGGCUGAAUCGUACGGUAAGGAGACUCCAGUGUACAAGCUUCAGAAGAUUCCAGAAACGUCACAGAGAGCCACCAGCUCAGCGCUGAAAAGUAACAUGGCCCCACCGAGAGCCCAGAGCACAGUGCAGAGAGCUCCUACCAAGACUGAACCUGGCAAAAGAGAGUGCAACCAUUUCUGUAAGAACAAGGAUCUUUGUGGUCACGACUGCUGCAAAGUUGGAAUACAGUUGGUGAUGAAGAGGCCUCAGAAUCCAGAGAACAGCUUUUCAUCCUAUCUGAGAGAUCUAAAGACGAGGAACGAGAAGCUCCUAGAGACUCCCGUCAAACGCUUGAAGAUGAGGAUGAAUGCUGAGGCAGAGAACAUCAGCAUGCCGCAGUUCUCCUUCUCACGCAGAGAAACAAUGCCAGCUCACACAAGGUUUGAGGAAAGCCAGGAUUAUCCUCCAAGUGUGUCUCACAGCAUGGAGCCACAGCAGGGUUUUGCCAUAUCUGCAGAGGCAUCAUUUAAUGAGGACUUUAAAGACUUUCAUCAUGAAACAGAAGGCACCGUGGAGGAACAAAUGUUCCAGACUGAUGCCAACAAUACUUUUCAAAAUGCCUACACAAGCAGAAUUGCUUUAGAGAGACAGAUGAGCAGAAUCCCUGCUCAUAAAAGCAGAGAUCACACCACCAGCUCAUGUCUAGACCACAGCACAGACAACAUCUCCGCAUUUGAUGGCCUCAACGUGACCUUUGACCUAGCGAUAGAUGACUGGGAUGAUUUUGAUGAUGAUAACUUGGUGCUUGCUAGUGAUGUUUCUUACAGUACUGAAAAGCAAGGUGGCCAGUGUGUUCAGUCAACAGCAGGUACACAAGACUGUUGGACAUCAGCUCCUUCUGGUUGUUCAGAGCCUAGGCACGGGUUGUUAAGACCUAACCAAAUUACAAGGGUCGGACCCACAACUACUGUGCAAGAAACUCAGAGAGAAAUCCCUGAAAUAUCUGCAAUAAAACAUCCAUCCUUAAAUCUGAACGAGACAGAAACCCUCCCGAGAGGCCGACUGGAUUUUUUCUCCAAAAGAGACCCAGCGCAAGACACACAGAAAGGUUUUGGCAGAGAUCAAAAGGAGGAGAACAAAGAGGCUGACAUGUUCGUCAGUAUAUUUGAUGGGAUUUUUUAGAUUGUUUAUUGGUUGUUCCUAAGGAUAACAUCUUUGUUUAUGAGUGUUUUUUAAUAUAUUUCUCUAUACAUGUUUAUGUGUUUUUGCCUUUACUAAUUAUCUAUUAAGAGGAAUAGUAUAGUGUCACUUUGCUGUUACAAGUUCUAUGUCAGAAAUAAUAUAUGAAAUAAUUAACUAAUAAAUCUUUGUUCUUUCAGUGAAAUCAGUGGUUGGUGUGGUGAAUUUCUAUAUAAUCAGUAUCUUAAUAUGAGUCCACAAAGGCUAUGAGUUACUCGUUUCUCUUUUUCAAGGCAACAAAUUCUAUUUCCGC